AUGGCACUGAGAAAAUUCAUCCUCGCCUCUAUCAUAGGCGUAUCCACAUUACUAUCCGGUUGCCGCGCACAAGCACCGGAAGCAACCAUUUAUAAAGACCCGGCCACAGGCAUUACCUUCGACACAUGGAGCGUACCCGGAAGCUCCAAGGCAGGCGGCCUCACCUUUGGAAUAGCUUUACCUAGCUCAGCCCUGAAGUCUGAUGCUACUGAUUUCAUAGGAUACCUUCGUUGUACCGCAACUGAAAAAACAGCCGCAGGUAGCUGGUGCGGUCUCACUCUAGGCGGCUCGAUGACAGAUGCUCUUCUCUUCGUUGCAUAUCCCGACGGCGACGCCGUGCGAACCUCGCUGCGCUUCACCUCCGAAUACUCAAUGCCAGGCGUCUACACUGGAAAUGCGACUGUGAAACAGAUAUCUUCUAUUACGAACUCGACUGGUUUCUCGUUGAUCUUCCACUGCCAGGAUUGUCUACACUGGUCGCAAAAUGGCACGACCGGCAGCGCGUCGACCAGCAGUGGCCUGCUAGACCUAGGCUAUGCACAAUCUGUUAACCCCCCGAAUAACCCGUCCUGUUCGACCGAGGUGAAGCUGGCACGACAUGAUAUACAGGGAACCUGGACCGCGAUGUUGGACGAGCAUGCUGCGAGCGAGUUAUUUGAUGAAUGGCGUGCCAGUGCAAAUAGUGCUGUGCCCGACAAGUGUUCUAAAAGUCGGGUGACUAUAUAA